AUGAACUCGACCAUGAUGGAGACUGGACCUGCUGCUGCCUCCCCCGCGCGCCCUGCACGCAGCCGAAACAACAAGGCUCGCCAAGUCAACGGCAAUGGGUCUCCCGUGAGCACCCCAAACACGCCGACCAAAACACCGACCAAGAACUCGAGCAAGACCCGAACCCCAAAGUCGGCCCGAAAGCUGCAAGCCCAGCCGUCCAAUCAGCUUGCACCCUCUCCCCCCAAUUCGGCGCCACCCGACCUGGACCGUACCAACUCGCAUGCCUGCCCCUCGGAUGCUUAUCCCGAUCCGGCCUCUCUCCCCAUGCCCAACUUUGAGUUGUUGCGCCGAGCACGUCGCGCCUCUCCUUUGGCGGCUGGUGGCUCCCCACCAACACCAGCCCGGUCACUUGCUCUCUUUGAUGAGCCCCAUGCACCUUCGACCUCCAGCAAGGCUGGUGACAAGACCCACUUUAUGAGCCUUUUCAGCAAAGCCGCUUCUGCCUCAACCUCGGCACGCUCUCCGCCUUCUCUGGGCAGCUCCCCACCCCUGUCGUCCUCAGUGCCCAGCGACUUUCCUCACCUCAACCAUACCGCUACUCAACCUGCGGCUGGUGCCACCAUCCCUUCGUCGGCCUCGACCUCCCAGAUUGGAUUUGCUGCCCCCGACCACGCCUCGGCGUCGAUGCGCCUUUUGGCCCUGGUGAAACCAACCUCUUCGUAG